UGUGGGAUACAAAAUGUCCGUUUCACUAAUAAACAAGAGAGUGGAGUUUGCAAGCUAAUCCUUAUAGCUAGCUUCAAUCAGGUAAAGGCUGAAGUCCACGAUAUAUUGUAAAAUGAUUAAAGUUUUUCUACUUAUCAUAAUAACGAAUGGAUACGAGUCAGUAACGUUAUUUUCUGUUGAGUAAUAAAAUCAACAACUAGCUACCAUGUCAGCACAAUUGGAGUCUACAAUGAGGAAUGAAUCCAGCGCGAAAGAGGACGAAGGUAGAGGAUCAAGAAGCAGAGGCAAAGAAAAGAGAAAACGAAAGCGCAGCCGCAGUCGAUCAUCAUCAUCAUCCUCUUCCAGCUCAUCAGCCUCAUCCUCUUCUCCAUCCUCCUCUCACUCCUCUCACAGUAGGAGCAGCUCCAGCAGCAGCGAUUCAAACAGCAAGUCCAGAAAGCAUUCCAAAAAAAGGAAAAAGGAAAAAACGCACAAAAAGAAGGGGAAGAAAGAAAAGAAACGUAAGCGAAAAAAGGACAAGAAAAUUAAAGGAGAGGAGGAGACCUCGGGACCUGUACAGAUUUCCAAGUACUUGAAGGAGCGAAAGAGAAGUGGCAAGUACAGCAUGAUCUCAGGGAAGAAAAUUAAACUGAAAGUGAAGAAGUCAAAGAAAGACAAACAGAGAGACAAAAACCGUGCAGAACUGCUUGAGUUCCUCAACUCUACACUUUGAUGUGAAUGCCCUCACCAUUAGUUAUGUUCCGAGCUCUUCCAGACUAUCCUGAACAGAACUCAGGGAAUGGCAACCCCUUCCAUGAGCAAAUCCCUGGAUUAUCAAAAUAAGAGAUUCUAAUUAUCUACAUUUUGUCAGUUUUACCCUGCAUUGGCAGCCAGGACCACUUCUCAUACUAAAGACUCUUCAACGAAGGACCGUAUCUCUUGUACAAAAGUGUGCUGUCACCUUUGUGUGGUUUGAUCCUCUUCAAUGUUUUGUUUUAUAGAACGUAAUAUUACAAUUUUAUUUGAAGGUUUAUUGCAUUCAAGACUGUCAUACUGUUUCCCCAUAUAUUACUGCUGCACUGUGUGUGGCCCAGCAAAUGAGAACAAAACCUGUUAAGCAAUCAGCGAUCACAAGACUCAACGGCUAACAUGAUUAACAGGAUGUCUAUUCAGAUUAUUCAAAUUUAAUUCCAGUUUCUAUAUUGCAUUAUGUUUGACUUCUUGUUUUAAGAAUGUUAUAUUCAAUUGAUUUGUGUACAAUUAUGCUAUGGAAAUCUUUGCAAGAUGAUAAUGAAUAAUUUAAAAAGUCAGAAAAUAUAGUAUGUACACUUUUCAAACCUCAAACUGUAUGUCAUUCCCAUGUAACACCAACUUUCCUUGGAUAACAGCAUGGGUAUUUUAUAUUGUGGAUUUUUAGGUGGCAAAUUGAUGCUGCUUAACCAGUUAGAAAUGCUUUUUUCUCCCGACAGCAAUGAACUGCUGGAAAUACGGCAACUGUAAUGUGUAAUGUUCCACUGUUCAAUAAAACAUCACUGUCCUUAGA